AUAGAUGCUGUUGAGGUUGCAUUGAUUCAUUUCGUGUGUGUUAGUCGCUACGUCGAACAUAUUAUAACAACACAUGGCUAAUCGAUUAGAUAUCGUAAUAUUCGGGGUUACCGGCUUUACGGGACUCAGAACCAUCCCAUAUAUUACAAAUAUUAUAAAACAACAUAAUUUAUCCUUAACAUGGGGUGUGGCUGGAAGAUCAGAGACCAAAAUCAAGCGAAUGUUAAAGGAACUUGGUCAAAGAAAUGGAGUUAAUUACGAUAAUAUUCCGAUUAUAAUCGCGGAUGUAAACGAUGAAAACUCCUUAAUAAAGAUGACUUCUCAAGCUAGGAUCAUCAUAAAUGCUUGUGGGCCUUAUAUUCUUUAUGGUGAACAAGUGGUUAAAGCUUGUAUAGAAACUGGAACUCACCAUGUUGAUGUUAGUGGAGAAUCUAUUUUUAUUGAAAAAAUGCAAUUGUUGUACCAUGAGGAGGCCAAAGCUAAAGGAAUUUAUAUUGUAAGUGCUUGUGGAAUGGAUAGUAUUCCAGCUGAGAUGGGAAUUGUUUAUUUAAAAAAUAAUUUUGAAGGAACAUUGAAUUCUGUUGAAACAUAUAUGUAUUCAAGCAUAACAGAUUUACACCUAGGUGGACCAGCAGUAAAUACUGGUACAUAUAAUUCUAUAAUAUACAUGUUAUCAAACUUCUUUAAAACUCAUUCUCAGCGAAAAUUGUUGUUUAAAACAAAACUUCCAUCAAUGCAGCCAAAACUUAAUAUGAAAAUAAUUCAUAAAAGUGAUGUGAUCAAUCGUUGGUGUUUACCACUACCAGAGCCAGAUCUUGCUGUUAUAAAAAGAUCUCAACAUCUUAAUUAUGAUUUAUACAAUGAACGUCCUAUUCAAGUUAAUUGUUAUUCAGGAUUUGGUUCAGUAUUUUUUAUGAUAUUGGCAAUGAUUUAUGGAUUUUGGUUAGCAAUGUUUAGUCAGUUUUCGUUCACCCGAAACUUAUUGCUUAAAUAUCCCAGAUUCUUUUCUUAUGGAAUAUUUAGUCCUGAAGGACCAUCUGAAGAACGUCAAGAAGCUACUAUUUUCAAUUUAAAAUUACAUGGUAAAGGUUGGUCAGAAAAGUUGAAAGAUCCUCUUCUUCAACCUGAUUCCCCACCAAAUAAAGAAAUUAUUGCUAAAGUAUCCGGAAAGAAUCCAGGAUAUGGGUUAACAUGUGCAGCUUUUGCACUUUCAGCUAUUAUGAUUCUUACUGAAGCAGAUAAAAUGCCUGAAAAGGGCGGCGUUUAUCCACCUGGAAUAGCGUUUGCUAAGACUUCAAUUAUUGAAAAAUUACAAGAAAAUGGUGUUAAAUUUGAGUUGUUAUCUAAAAACUAAUUCAAAAUAUUAAUUAUUAAAUAUUAUUUUUGUAUUAACAUUUAUCUUAAUAUAUUUUUAUAAUUUUUAAUAUAAUAUAUGUAUUCACAUCUAAUAAGUAACCACAAUUACCUAUAUGAUUCUGGUAAUAGCUCUUUUAAAGUAGGUACCUACAUAAACUUUAUGCAUACUUAAAUAAAGUAAUAUUAAUUAAUUAAAUAAACGAUUUUGGUAUAUAAAUGUUAAUUUAAAAAU